AUGGCCGACAUCACCGACCAGCACGACCAGACGUCGCCCACGGACCUCGAUGAGUCGCAUCCUGCGGGCAAUGGCACCGCUGCCGCCGAGAGCCGCGGCAUCAAGCGCCAGCGCCCUGCUACGGCCGACGACGACGAUGACGACGACGAGAAGGGCGGCCGGGAGCGUCGCAAGAUUGAGAUAAAAUUCAUCAGCGACAAGUCCCGCCGGCACAUCACCUUCUCCAAGCGCAAGGCGGGCAUCAUGAAAAAGGCCUACGAGCUUUCCGUCCUGACCGGCACCCAAGUCCUCCUCCUCGUCGUCUCCGAAACGGGCCUCGUGUAUACCUUCACCACGCCCAAGCUUCAACCGCUCGUCACUAAGGCUGAGGGCAAGAACUUGAUUCAGGCGUGCCUGAAUGCACCAGAGCCUGCGCCCGGCAAUGAAAACGGCGUCGACGGCGGCGACCAGGUCGAGUCACCCGAAGAUUCGGCUGGUCAACACAUCCCUCCCCAGGGCGCCCGACCUGGGAUGCCUCAAAACCCGCACAUGCCCGGCAACUACAUGCCCAACAUGCCCAUGGACCCUCAACAGGCACUCGCCUACCAAAACUACGUCCAGCAGCGCAAUCAAGGAUACGGCUCGGGAAUGCCGCCGCAGGCCGGGAUGCCGCCAAGCACUCACCAUCAGUCAUGA